AUGCGCGCCGUCGUUUUGAUCGCUCUUCUAGUUAGCGUAACACUUGCAUUCAAUGCUUUCAGAGAGGAAGAGGAUUUACAAUUAUUGGUAAGUCAGAGAGAUAGUUCUAGAUUUUCAGCUUGUGAGCUGAUCACGAUCUUGUUUUCAGAAACUGAAAAGAUCGAAAAAUCGUGAUGUUAUUGAAAUUUUACCAGCUUCAAAAACCGGUUUUUUUGUUUUUUGAAGCUAUUGAUGGUCCUGUAAGGGGUUAAAAAUUUUCAAAUUUUCCCACGUCAUAAGUUUUUGAGACAUACAUUAUAAGUAUGACGUGGCAAUGUUUUAAAUUGUCAAAUAUUGUAACUUUACAAGGCUAUCCAUCAUUUCGAAAAACAAAAACACCGGAUUUUAAAGCUGGUAACAAUUUUUAUAACAUUACGAUUUUCUGGAAAUCGCCACGUCAUAAUUCAUAUUCAAAAUUGAAUUUUGGGUUUUAUAAACAAGAUCGCGGAAGCACAUCAAAAUCUACUGUAGAACUAAUUUUCAGAGUGUUCGACGUGCUCGCGCUGCUGAAAAAACUGAAAAAGCUGAUGACAGCAGUGAUAGUAAAAGUUCGGAAGAAGAUGCUGAAAUCGAGCAAGGUUCUGGAUCUGGCGAAUCAUUGAAACGCGUGGCUCGCGAUGUUUCGGAUGGAUCUGGAGAUGGAGAGCAAAUCGAAGGAUCUGGCAUUUUUGCGGUGCAAUCGGAUUCGGUUCGAUUUGUCAGAAGCGCAGGAUCUUCGAGUUCGGAGGAAGAUGGUUCUGGAUCUGGAGCCGAAGAAAAAGAAGAAGAAAAUGAUGAAUGA